AUGAUGAAUCGCUGUUCCACAACACACCGCUGCUUUGUUGCUGUUCUUCCUCUGCUUCCUCCGCAUGCUCACGAUUCUUGCAUUAUUCCGACGCCUACUAUUGUUCAGUCCUCCGCCUUUACCCCUCUCUGUCUAUGGAAACGACAUCAUGGUCGAGAAGGAGCUUUCUGGCAUGGAAAUGAACAAAGGACGCGGCAAGUCAUGGGAAGAUGGAAGCUAGCCGUAAACAGGAUAGCGCGGGACUCGUGCAUCGGUCUGUGCACCGACAUGUUGACACUGAAGAUCCCACCCCACAUUCAUCCAGGCUGA